AUGUUUAUGGUACCACGUCUUAGAAGCACUCUAGGGUGUCUUAACCCAAGAUCUCUCAUGAGAUACUCGACAAUCAAUAACAGCUAUUUUCCUGGGAUCCCAUCUAACUUGUUGGAGUUAAGAGUGGGGUAUAUCAUGAACUGUCAAAACCAUCCUGAAGCCGAUAGCUUAUACGUUUCCAAGGUUAUUGUUGACCCCGAAGAGUAUAAAAAAUACAAACUUAUGGUGGAUGGGCCGGCAGAAGAUAAAGCUCCGGAGGAGAUCAAGUCCUUGACGAUCUGUUCUGGGUUGAGAAAUUUGGUGCCCCGUACUGUUUUACAAGAUUCGUUUGUGGUGAUUGUGAAUAAUUUGAAGCCUUCUAAAAUGAGAGGCAUAAAAUCAGAAGGAAUGGUAUUGGCAGCAGAAAAGAUCUUGGCCAAGGAGGAUCCUUCAACUGAGACCCCUCCUUCAAGAAUCAUUGAAUUAGUCAGACCACCACACAAUUCAGAACCUAAUGAUUUGCUACAAUUCAAAAGCUCCAAGUUCUCAAGUAAUGAUAUUCCUGCUAAUGAGCUCCUGGCAUACAAGGAACUUUCCAAUAUGAGAUUCUCCCGGAUCAGGAACUCCCGCAAAUUGAUCAAUUGCGUGGAAGGCUUAACUAUUGAUGGAAACUUGAAUAUCACUUGGUCUGGUGUCAAUGAGAAUGGUGAAGACUUAGAAAAAUGCGUACUUGUGAAUCCAAGUUUAGUGGCAAAGAGUGAAGGGAAACAAUCAGGAGAGGUAACAGUGGAGAAUGAAAAAUUGGUCGGGGCAGUGGUGAGAUAA